GCCCCUGCCGGCUGGGCCCCGCCUCCCCGGCCCGCCCCCGCGCACCGCCGGGCUGCGGCGGAGCCUCCGCAGCGCGAAGAUGGCGACGCGGGUGUGCGAGAGCCCGGCGCUGCGGCGGCUGCUGCGGGGACCCUGCCUGGCCCUGAGCGGAGCCCGGGGAUACUCCAGGGACAGCCAGGGCAGCUGGUUCCGCUCACUCUUUGUCCACAAAGUGGAUCCCCGAACGGACGCUCAUUCCACACUCUUGUCGAAGAAAGAAACCAGCAACCUGUACAAGAUCCAGUUUCACAAUGUGAAGCCCGAAUGCCUGGACGCUUACAACAGCCUGACGGAGGAGGUGCUGCCCAAGCUGCACUCAGACACCGAUUACCCUUGCGACCUGGUUGGGAACUGGAACACGUGGUAUGGAGAGCAGGACCAGGCAGUGCACCUGUGGCGUUUCUCCGGCGGGUACCCGGCACUCAUGGACUGUAUGAACAAACUGAAACAGAACAAGGAGUACCUGGAGUUCCGCAAGGAGAGGAGUACGAUGCUGCUGUCCCGCAGGAACCAGUUACUCCUGGAAUUCAGUUUCUGGAAUGAGCCUUUGCCCCGGGUCGGGCCCAACAUCUACGAGCUGAGAACGUACAAGCUAAAGCCAGGGACCAUGAUCGAGUGGGGGAAUAACUGGGCUCGAGCCAUUAAAUACCGUCAGAAAAACCAGGAAGCUGUGGGUGGGUUCUUCUCCCAGAUUGGAGAGCUCUAUGUCGUUCAUCACCUCUGGGCCUACAAGGACCUACAGUCCCGAGAGGAGACAAGGAACGCUGCCUGGAGGAAGCGAGGCUGGGAUGAGAAUGUGUACUAUACAGUCCCCCUGGUUCGGAACAUGGAGUCUCGGAUCAUGAUCCCCCUGAAGAUCUCCCCCCUCCAGUGAGACCCCUCCAGCGCAGGAGUCGGCGAACAGACAGGAGUGAGACUCACUGAGGUGUCUCUGCAUUUCCCCUGCAGGAGUCUGUUCCCUUUUCUGUCUCUCUCACUCUCUCAGUUCGAGGCCAUGCUCUUAGCCCAGGUGCUUCCCUAUUCCCAGGCUGCUCGGCUCUGUCGGGAGCACCGGUGGGAGACGGAUGAAGUAGGCUGAACCAGCACAAGGCUGCACCUGGUUUCCUAUCUCUGGGUCCCCAGCUCUGUAUGAACGGGCCAUGGAGACUGAACUCCCCUUUGCCCUAACGCUGUUCUGGGGAGGCUGCUGGGGACUGAGAGACAUGACCAUAGAGCGCAGCAUAGCUGAGCCAUGCCCCUGUGGUGAGCAUAGUACAGACACCGAACUAGCUAGACCAGUGCUCACUGCUCUCUGGGUGCCGAGACAGUGUUCAGGCAUCUGACGUUUUAAGCCCCACCCCCCUGCAAGCCGUUCCUCCCAGCACUGAGGAGGGACUGCUGCUGGUCUCCUUUCCAGCAUGCCACUGGGAGGGACCCUUCAUCAUGCCUGGUUGUGUCUGUUACCAUGAAUGUUAGCACAUGGCUAGCCUGGUGUAGGGGAGAACUCCACCUUCCUCGCCCGGGUUGGAAUUCCAGUUCCUGGCUAUGGCGUCCUGUUCCCGGUGAACCUUGGCGCUACCUGUAUCCUUGGGAACAGGAAGUCCUCCUGCCUGCUGAUGGAACCAGACUGUACCACCCCACCAGACUCCCUUUGUAGGGAGGUGUAUGCUGGAAAGUGGAUAUGGAGCCCAGCAUGUCCUUUCACGUAAUGGCUCGCAGAUCCAGUUAACUGACCUUGCAAGUCCAAAGGCUUUUAUCUGCCCACUCCUGACCUGACACCAUGGCAUUGGGUGCUGGGAAGGUCCGAUAUACAGGGUGGUGUAUCCUGGUGGCUUUGGUGGGAGCGGAGGGCAUACAACAGCAGGCAGGAUUGAGCCCUUGGUUCAGAAGCUGCAAAUGAAGCGGAGUCCUUCUCCCCCUUCCAUUAUCCCUGUGAAUAAUUAGAGUUUAGCUAACACUAGAAUCCACCUUCCAGAGCUGCGUUGGCUCAGCUGGCAUGAAAAGUACAAGCUGGGCUGUGUCAACAGAUCUGCAUCUUCUCUGCUUUGGCAAAAAUAGUACAUGCAGCAGCAGUAGCCGUGUAGCCAGGACUUCUGCUGCCCCGGGGUCUAGUGCUGUUCAGAUCCGAGACUAAGAGCCAUGAGCUCUUUCCAUGCUGCAGCUUUUGCUGGGCUGCAGUGGGUGUGAAUAGAGGGUCCAUUUGUCCCAGCACGUGCACAGCCCCAAGGAGCAGAUACAUGAAGUGAGGAGCCAGUUUUAAUCACUUUUCUUACACCUUAAGGCCCAAUCUUGCAAUCCAAUCCAUGCACCAAUGCAGAAUGCCCUUGACUUCAGUGGAUCUGAUUGGAGGAUUGGGCCCAGAGGGUUUAGAGUGCAGCCCUCAGUCACAGGGGUGUUUGUACCUAUCCCCAGCAUGGAGGAGAGAGAGAGGAGAGGUGGUCAUGAAUCUACACAGGCCUUUCUGACAGAGGUCAAUUCCUCUUGUGCAUUAUUUAUCUUAAUUAUGACUAAUGGCAAAAAACAAAAAAGAUCUGUUUUGUGUGUGAAGCAUUUUCUUUGCGGGAGCUUGUGUGUGUCUGAUUGCAAAUGUAACUAAAUAUUUCAUAUGCUA